AUGGAAGAUGAACUCAGCUCUCCUCGAGACAUAGAAAUUGAUGGUCGGCAGCUUCGAUCAGUCUUGGGUUCUAUUUCAAAUCAAUUAAUUGUCCCAUUUCUAGAGCGAAGGGGCCGUUCAAAUAUGCACAAAGACAAUCCUUUAGAUGAACUCAGAGAUGUAAUCCAAGAGCUGACCGAAAGAGAAAGAGAGCUUCAAGCUUGCAUCGGUAUUGCAACAAUGCUGCUUGACAACAAUGACACACUUAAUAGCAGACUAAAAGAAUACAAACUCAAAAAAGCCAUUCAAAAAGAUAAAGCUCGCCUGCUCAACAUUGAAAUCAACAGAUACAAAGAAGAACUUUUAACCUCAGAAGAAAAAUAUGAACAAGUUAACGGAGCGCUAAUCAAAUGUGAAGAACAGUUAUUAAUUAUUACAGCAGAAAAUAAAAGAGUUUUAAAUGAAAGCUGCAUGGUUUGGCAUGAAUUCAACUCCUUCUUUGAAAAAAGAAAUAUGGCAAUAGUUUAUUUCUACGGUAUAUUGCAGCAAUUUAUAGCAUAUUUGUAAUAUAUUUAAUACUCUAUUUUUAUAUCUCUAAUAUGUAAAUAAUUUUAAUUGGUGCAAAUUUUUAUGUUAAUAAAUAAGAGAGUUCAAAAAGAAUACUGCAGAUUUGGUCUAUUAUAUCGUUUUAACAUAAAUCUAUAUCAAAAAGGCUUAAAAUAGACAGAUUGUAAAUAAAUCAAUUCAAGCAUAAUCAUGCAUUAAGACAUCUUCUAGCGUUAUUACACUAAAUAAAUGCUUUAAUUUAACAUAAAAAUCCUCCUCAUCCAAAUAACCUUUUAAAAAAGUAUUGUAUACUAAGGAUGGAGAUAGAUUUAAAUAUAUUAUAAAAAUUCUAUAAGCCGCUCUAGUAUAGCCCCAGAACGAAUAUGAUACAAUAUUUUUAAAGAGAGGAGGUAUUUGUCUUUGAAAGAGGAUGAGGAAGUUUUUUCUAUUCAGACAGCUGCAAACUGAAAGAACUCCCUGAUACUCUUAUGAUUUCAGUUAAAAACUAUGAAAGUGAAAUAGAAGAGCUAAAAUUAAGCUUCAGAAAACAGCUGGAUGAAAUGCAUAGGACAAAAUUCGAGCUGGAGAGAAAACUUAAAAGAAGCUUUGAAGAAAAGAAUAAAAUGGAAAACCAGCUCCAAGAAGUAAAAGAGGAGUAUGAGAAAUUGGAUAAAAAACAUUGCAUAUGCAUGCAGAAGCUAAAAGAUCUUGAAGGGGAGCUGGAAAAAUGCAAGGACGAUAAAAAUGAGAUUGAGAAAAAGUAUGAAAUAAUGGCUAUAAAAUUUGAAAAAAUAAGGAGCCAGAAUGAAAAACUGGAGGAAGAUCUUAAUGUCAUUGAAAAUAUGAACAUAAAUAGAAAAGCUAACUCAAGAAGACAGAGUAGACAUAUGAGCUUGCUGAAUGAGCUAGAAUGUAUUGAAAACGAAAACGGGUUUGAAACCCUUGAAGAGUGCGAAAUUGAAGAAAAACCUUCACCCUCUCCUUCAAAUGGCAAUUAUAGAAUCGAAAGAUCGAAAACAACAACUACUCGACCGGAACCGAAGUACCAAAAAGGGUUUAUAUCAAUAGCUUCUAAUGGAAAAGAAAGCUUUAUUUUUGGAAAAGAAAAGCUGUGCAGUAUCGUAAACGAAGGAAGCGUCAUUAUUGAAGGUAAAAAAGAAAAAAUAACAAGAAAGGACCCUGCAGAAGAAUACUUUUUAUUGGUAAUUUUAAUAUAGACAACCCAAACAGUCAAAAUGAAUUCUCCUUACAUGGAAACAAUCUGUAUAAUACCAGCACAAACACUUUAUCAAAAAGCUAUAAGAGAUAACAUUCCGUUCCAUAAGUGGCACGUGUGGGUGGAGAGUGAGCUUAACUCUGCCUAUAUACAGUCUUUGUACAAUACAGAUACUAUUUCCUCUAAAGCUCCUAAUUUUCUUCCUUUAUAAUAAAGAAUAAAAUAGAAAAAAAUAAUAUAGUUAAAAUUAAAAAUAAUUUUGAUUAAAAAGAAGUAAGCAAAAAGAUAAGAAGAGAUCAAUAUUCCCUUUUUAA